CGGAUCCAAAAUGGCGCCAGUUUCGUCUCCCUGGUUUGUACUGCGCAUGUUCGAUGAGCUUUUGUGUCCGAGAGUGUGGGUCAGUGUUUGAUUUGUUUAUGGAUGGGACGGUUUUUUUUUAUUUUUAUUUGAAUGUUUUUAGUUAAAGUGACGGUUUUAAAUGUGAAACGGAAGCCUCCAUAUCGACUAAAGAAAGAAACAACGACAACUUACGCCGACUGCAGAGAGAUACAGCGACAGAGGGGGCUUAUUGCCAGCCUGAAACACUGGAGCAUCAUGCCUUUCUCCAUGAAGCGACAAAGAAAACAACAACGCAAAUACUAUUUGAACAGGCUACAAAAGGCGAGAAUGAACCAGCUUCACUCAAAGGAAGUUUCUGAGAUCGAAGCAGCUCACAUCAGCCCAGAGCUUCCUAUUCGAUGGGUUGUUUCUGCAGACAGGACUGUUGAGAUCAAGGAGGAAGUGACUGAGCUGGGGUGUGACCAGGCCAAUGAGCGGAUCCUGCAGGAGGAAACACCACCUUCUAGCAUCACUGAGAGAGGUACUGAUGUGACAUUGGUAAGUCUUGGUAGGAGACAAGAAUCAGAAAUGGCAUCUUCUCACAUUAAAGAGGAGGCCCCUGAACUGGAACCUGUCCUCAUUAAAGAGGAGAGUCCUGUGCUGGAACCUGUCCUCAUUAAAGAGGAGAGUCCUGUGCUACAACCUGUCCUCAUUAAGAAAGAAGUCACAGUGCUGGAACCUGACCACAAUAAAGAGGAGAGUCCUGUGCUAGAAUCAUCAGAAUGUGAACACCUUUCAGCUUCUAAAUUUGAUGAAGGAGAGCACGACUCCACUCCAUCACCCCAAUGCAAAAACUCUAAGUGCAAGAGCAGACAAAACCGCAACUACAAAAUUUCAGGAAGAUGCUGUCGUUUUAAGGAAGUAUGGAAACAGGAGCCAGAGUACCGGAACUGGUUAGCAGAAGUGAACAAUUGUGUGCACAGAGCUUUCUGCAAGUAUUGUAGGAAAUCAUUUGAUGUUGGAAACAUGGGCGUUUCUGCUCUUAAGAGCCACAUGCGAGGUCAAGGACACGCUAAAGCAGCAGCACAGUUAGAAAAAUAUGAACCAAUAAUAACCAGUUUCUUCACAUUCCAAAACAAGGAAACACAGUCGGAUCAGCGAAGCAGAACUGCAGCUCCUAUUGGCCGUCCAUCAGGAGAGGGCAUGGAUGAAGGAACUAGCACUGUGCCCCAUGCAUCGUCUUCUGUUUCAAGCUUUGUUCUGAGUGAUCGUGUUCUUGAAGCAGAAAUUCGAUGGGCGGUGAAAGUUGUACUGUCACGUUAUUCAUUCAACUCCUGCACAGAUGUACCAAAGUUAUUUUCCAGCAUGUUUCCUGAUAGUGACAUCGCGCAGCACUUUUCUUGUAGUGCAACAAAAUGCGCUUACUUGGUUUGCUUUGGCUUAGCCCCCUAUUUCAAAGAAAGGCUGAUAGAAGAAGUCAGACUGUCAAAUUGCUAUGCGGUUUCAUUUAAUGUAUGCUUAAAUGAAGUAACCCAGACAGACCAGGUGGACUUGGUUAUUAGUUACUGGAACGAAAAGGAUGGAAAAGUAGCCGUGCGCUAUUUGGGCUCUGAAUUCCUGGGACACACGAGAGCAGAAGAGCUUCUGGAGAGUUUCAAAUGGAGUUUGACACCACUAGAUCCAAAGAAGUUGUUGCACAUGGCCAUGGAUGGCCCCAGAGUAAACUGGAAGUUCCUGAGAGAUCUUGAGGUAGAUAGGAAGGAGGAGGACCCAACACUACCAGAUCUCAUUAACUUGGGAAGCUGUGGCCUCCAUGUUGUCCACAGUAGUCUGCAAUAUGGUGCGAAUGAAACCGGAUGGAUGCUGGGAGAGCUACUUGGAGCACUGUGGCAGCUCUUUCAUGACACACCAGCUUGGCGAGAUGACUACACUCAAAUAACUGGAAGCACACGCUUUCCACUGAAGUUUUGUCCUCACAGAUGGGUGGAAGAUUUGAAAGUAGCAGAGCGUGCACUUGAACUGUGGCCGAACGUGAUUCAGUUCAUUGACGUCUACAAGAAGCUGCCCGUCAGCAAAGUGCCAAAUUCAGCAUCGUAUUCCUUGGUGAAGCAAGCAGCAGCUGACCCCCUUUGUGCAGCAAAAUUGCAAUUUUUUGCUUCAGUUGCCAGACAACUCAAGCCAUUCCUGGAGAAAUUUCAGACCAAUGCACCCAUGCUGCCCUUUCUUGCAGAAGAAUUUCAGGCUCUCCUUUCCAGUUUGCUGUCUCGCUUCAUAAAGAAAGAUGUACUUGGAAAGGCAAACACAGUUAUCAAACUCCUCAAGAUAGACCCACUGGACAAGACCCUUCACGUGGCGCACAAACAUUUGGAUCUCAGCUUCGCUACAAAUCGAGCACUGGAACAAGCAUCUGAAAAACUGGCCGAUGGACUGAGAGGAACGGAGUUCAAGAUGGAAUGCAUCACCUUUCUUGCUUCGACUACAAAAAAGCUUCUCGAAAUUAAUCCGCUACUGAACCCCAUGGUAAGGUACUUGGCUGCCCUUAGUCCUCGAUUCAUGGUAAUGUCAGAGCAGGAUGCCACAGCAAAAUUUGAAAGACUGUUGCAGAUCCUCCUAAAUGCUAAAUGGCAUACUGCUGCACAAUGUGAGGUGAUACUCGCAGCGUAUACGUUGUUCCUAACCGAGAUGAUCAGAAAUCACAAGACUGAAUUCCAGAACUUUGGCCAGAACGAUUCAGAACCUUGCAGAGCAGAUGAAUUUUUUGGCAGGUUCUUCGAUGGCAGACCUGAAUUCAAGAAACUCUGGGAUUUGUUUAAACUCCUUUUGACGCUCUCCCAUGGACAAACGGCUGUUGAACAAGGUCACUCUGUCAACAAAGAUAUGUUCGUUGAAAAUCUAAAGGAAAAGACUAUUGUUGCACAACAUAUUGUGCGUGAUUCUUUGUCCUCUUUAGGAGAAAAUCAUACAGACUUGGCCAUUACAAAGAAACUCCUGCAGCACGUAAAAGCAGCCAAGAUGAGGUACGUCCAGUUCUUAGAGGACCAGAAGAAAGCCAAGACAGAAACAGAAAAGGAAAGAAAGAGAAAGAAAAUACAAGAUGAAAUUGCAGGCGUACAGAAGAAGAGACGGAAGGUCUUGAAAAUCAUUAGUACCAUGCAGAAAGUAGCUGAUGAAAUGGCUGAGCUUGCUGAAAAGAAACAUGACUUUACUCUUCUUACCAAAUCAAAUGCUUACAGAAAAAGUGCAAAAGAAAAAUCAAAUGAAACCGCUGAACUGGACGCCAAGCUUUCAGAGCUAAAGGACAAGGCUAAAUAUUUUGAUUAGUUUAUAAGUUAUUAUUUAUUAUUUUUUACUCACUGUAAUUUCAUUUAGAAUUUUAAUUAGGCUCUCCGCAUGAACCACUACGGGGACAAAACACUUAGUUUGCCUCCUUGUCAGGAAGGAUGGGGUUGCUUUGAAGAACAAGAUAAGCCUUAUCUGCUUUUAUUUAUUUAUUUUUUUAAUAGUAGCAUAAACUUAUUGGCCUAUCCUCAAGACUGUUCUAACUGCUGCUUUGCUUAAGUAAUGUUCUUGAGAAGUUGUGGAAAAUUAUUCUUAAUCAAGGGUGGGAACCCUGACAGUGCAAGAAACAGGGAGAGAUAAUAUCCCAAGAAGAAAUUCAGUUGAAAUUCCUUUUUUACAAGACAGACAGCCACUUAGUCUUGAGAGUACAGAGAGACUGCACAUUCUGUGUGUGUGGGAUCAAUUCUGAAACCCAGGGCAACUUGAAGACCUUGCCUUGUUCUACUGAAGAUGAGAAUGAGUUUGGGCUCUCCUGAAACUCACAAGUGAAAUCACACAGGAGGGACCUCAUUUCCUUGUGCUGAUUGUGGCAGAGUUUCAGUAAUUUAUCAAAGCUUAAAACACACUAGUGAAUUCACACAGGAGAGAAACUAAUUCAUGUGGAAGGAGCUUCUGUCUAUUAAAAAGCCUUAAAAGACAUCAACGAAGUCACACAGGAGAGAAGCCACACCACUAUAAUGAAUGUGGGAGGAGUUUCACUCAGAGACAGUGUUAAAUAAAAUUUACAAAUUCAUACAGCAGUGAAAUGCUGAAUGUCAGGAAAGAUUUAAUCUGGAGAAACUUUAAAAACAGAAGAUUCUCCCAAGACAAAAACCCUGUCACUGAAGAGAUUAACGUAUUCAAGUCCAGUGAACAUGUGUGAAUAUAGCAUUUUUAAAAUGUAGAUAUUGUGAAAAAAAUCCUGUGCUUCAGUAUUUUGUUGUUUUGUUUUGCAAACUAGUAAAAUGUAUCUAUCCUAAGUUAUUACGAUGCUGUAUUUGGACCAUUUUAUUAAAAUACUAUGCUAGGAUAAAAAACGGUUUGACUUAAUAAAUGUAUGUUUGAGAUGCCCAAAGAUACCCAUCCAUUUGAUUUCAAAGUUACUUUCUUAAGAGAGAUUGCAAAUGUAAUUUGAAAUCACAAACCCAUUAAAAUAUCUCAUGGUUGAAAUAUCUCUUUAGUUUGGGUGGUGGAAAAUAUGUAAUUCACUAUAUAUACGGUAUUUAGAACAUGUUAAAACAUGAUAUGAAAAUCGUGUAUGAAUCAGAGAGCGCAGCUUAAUUUAGGAGGCAGAAUAGCUACAAGAAAUGUUUCUAAUUUAAUUCUAUUUAGUAAAUGAUAAACCUUGGCAACAUUUUGUGGAAAAUGUAUUUUAUUGAGGAGUUAUUCUUGAUUGUGAAUACGACAAACUCUCUGUGGAUGGAUUAUUGUAAGAAAGCAGUAAUUGUUUUUAUAGAUAUUAUUAUAUGUCUGAACCCUGCAUUUACCAUGGCUGUUUAGGUGCAUUAAAUGCCCCCUUUUUAUAUGAA